UAGCCGGCAUCCGCCGCCGUAUUCCUCCGCAGCAGCGCGCACUCCGCUCCCCAGCGCUCCCGAUCUUCCCUCCGCCGGGAGUCGCUGGCAGUGGCGGCCAUGGCUGAGCGCAGAGCCUUCGCCCAGAAGAUCAGCAGGACCGUGGCCGCAGAGGUACGAAAACAAAUCUCAGGACAAUACGGCUCCCCGCAGCUCCACAAAAACCUAAGCGUUGGAGGAUCGCACCACGCCUCGGUCCCUCUCACCGAAGUGGUCGACCCGGUGGAUUUUGAAGAAUAUCUCACCAGUCAUCCUGUAGUCGCCGACUCUGGCCCUUUAAGAGAUCUGUAUGAAUUUCCCGCCGACGAUGUGGAGGUCAUCUACAUGCCGAGAGAAUGCCGGACGGUGGUGUCGUCAGUGCCGGAGGAGAGUGAAUUGGAUCCGCACGUCAAAGACUGUGUACGAAGCUACACUGAGGACUGGGCCAUUGUCAACAGGAAAUACCACAAGCUGGGCACAGGCUUCAACCCCAACACCUUAGACAAACAGAAGGAGAGGCAGAGGGGUCUUCCUAGGCAAGUCUUUGAGUCGGAUGAUUCCCCGGAGAGCAGCAGCUAUCAGGAUGAACAGGACGAUCUGAAGAGGCGAUCCAUGUCCAUUGACGACACUCCCCGCGGUAGUUGGGCUUGCAGCAUUUUUGACCUCAAGAACUCCCUACCUGACGCCCUGCUAUCAAACCUCCUGGACCGUAGCCCAAAUGAGGAGAUCGAUCACCAAAACGAACACCAAAGGAAGUCACAUAGACAUAAAGAAAUAUUUGCACUACAUCCAGCUCAGGACGAGGAUGAGCCCAUUGAACGUCUCAGUGUGCCCGAAGUACCAAAAGAACAUUUUGGGCAGCGGCUGCUAGUGAAAUGCUUGAGCCUCAAAUUUGAGAUUGAAAUCGAGCCGAUCUUUGCGAGUUUGGCUUUAUAUGAUGCCAAGGAAAAGAAGAAGAUUUCAGAAAACUUCUACUUUGACCUAAAUUCCGAGCAAAUAAAAGGAAUGCUGCGUCCUUACGUCACGCCGGCGGCCAUCAGCACGUUGGCCAGAUCCGCCAUUUUUUCAAUCACCUACCCAUCCCAAGACGUAUUCCUGGUUAUUAAACUGGAGAAGGUGCUACAGCAGGGUGACAUAGGGGAAUGCGCCGAACCCUAUAUGAUCUAUAAGGAGGCCGAUACAGCAAAGAAUAAAGAGAAGCUGGAGAAGCUGCGUAGUCAGGGCGAGCUGUUCUGCCAGAGGCUGGGGCGGUACCGCAUGCCCUUUGCAUGGACAGCAAUUCAUCUAAUGAACAUCGUGAGCAGCGCCGGGAGCCUGGAGCGAGACUCCACUGAGUUAGAAAUAGGACCUGGAGAACGCAAAGGCUCGUGGUCAGAACGCCGCAAUUCCAGCAUUGUCGGUCGGAGGUCCCUGGAGCGUACCACCAGCGGAGACGAGUCCUGUAGCCUGACCAGCUUCCGGCCGGCGACACUGACCGUCACCAACUUCUUCAAACAGGAAGGUGAUCGGCUAAGUGAUGAAGAUCUAUAUAAAUUCCUGGCCGACAUGAGGAGACCGUCUUCUGUUUUAAGAAGACUGCGCCCCAUUACUGCUCAGCUGAAGAUCGACAUCUCACCGGCCCCAGAAAACCCAAGUUAUUGUCUGACCCCCGAACUGUUACAAGUGAAACCUUAUCCAGACAGCAGAGUCCGGCCGACCAGGGAGAUCCUGGAAUUCCCUGCACGGGACGUAUAUGUGCCAAACACAAUCUACAGGAACAUCCUGUACGUUUAUCCCCAAAGCCUUAAUUUUGCAAAUCGACAGGGGUCAGCGAGGAACAUUACAGUAAAAGUGCAGUUCAUGAGCGGAGAGGAUCCCAGUAACGCCAUGCCGGUGAUCUUUGGAAAAUCAAGUUGUCCAGAAUUUUCGAAAGAAGCGUACACUGCUGUCGUCUACCACAACAGGUCUCCGGACUUCCAUGAGGAAAUCAAGAUCCAGCUGCCGGCCACGUUAACAGAUCAUCACCACUUGUUAUUUACAUUCUACCAUGUCAGCUGCCAGCAGAAGCAGAACACUCCUCUGGAGACUCCCGUUGGUUAUACAUGGAUUCCGAUGCUGCAGAACGGCCGCUUGAAAACUGGACAGUUGUUUCUUCCUGUGUCCUUAGAGAAACCCCCACAAGCUUAUUCAGUGCUUUCCCCAGAGGUCCCGCUACCUGGCAUGAAGUGGGUUGACAAUCAUAAAGGAGUGUUCAAUGUGGAGGUCGUCUCAGUUUCUUCAGUUCACACACAGGAUCAGUCCCUUGACAAGUUUUUUGCCCUGGUUCACGCUCUGGACGAGCACAUGUUCCCCGUCCGUAUCGGGGAUAUAAGGAUCAUGGAAAAUAACUUGGAGAGCGAGCUGAAGAGCAGCAUCCUGGCCUUAAAUUCAGCGCAGCUGGAACCGGUUGUGCACUUCCUCCACCUCCUCCUGGACAAAUUGAUUCUCCUCGUCGUGCGCCCGCCGGUCAUUGCCGGUCAGAUCGUUAACUUAGGUCAAGCGUCGUUUGAAGCCAUGGCUUCCAUCACCAAUAGACUCCAUAAAAACCUGGAAGGAAAUCAGGACCAACACGGAAGGAACAAUCUCCUGGCGUCUUACAUACACUACGUGUUCAGGCUUCCAAACACCGAUCCCAACUCGCCAUCCCAAGGGCCUGGAGGUCUCGGAGGAUCAAUGCACUACGCCACAAUGGCCAGGACGGCAAACAGACCGGCCAGCCUAAACCUGAACCGCUCCAGAAGCCUUAGCAACAGCAACCCUGACAUCUCUGGGACCCCAACCUCUCCCGAUGACGAAGUCCGAUCUAUCAUCGGUAGUAAGGGCUUGGAUCGUUCCAACUCCUGGGUCAACACCGGGGGUCCCAAGGCUGCGCAGUGGGGGACUGACCCCAGCCCCAGUGCUGACUCAGUGCAGCUUUUCCACGAGGAGCUGGCCUUACAGUGGGUGGUGUGCAGCGGAGCCGUGCGGGAGGCCACUUUACAGCAAGCCUGGUUCUUCUUCGAGCUAAUGGUGAAGAGCAUGGUGCACCAUCUAUACUUUGCAGACAAGCUUGAUUCCGCUCGGAAGCACCGAUUUCCUGAACGCUUCAUGGACGACAUCUCUGCUCUUGUUAGCACAAUGGCUAAUGAUAUCGUCACUAGGUUCCAGAAGGACACAGAAAUGGUGGAAAGGCUUAAUGUCAGCCUGGCGUUCUUCCUGAAUGACCUGCUCUCCAUUAUGGACCGAGGCUUCGUCUUCAGUCUGGUCAAGGCCUAUUUCAAGCAAGUGUCAUCGAAACUUCAUAUUGUACCUAACCCGAGUAUAUUAGUAUCUCUGAGGCUGGAUUUCCUGCGUAUUAUCUGCAGUCAUGAGCACUACGUCACUUUAAACCUCCCCUGCAGCUUACUGACCCCUCCAUCCUCUCCAUCACCAUCUGUUUCCUCUGCAACAUCCCAGAGCUCUGGAUUUUCCACCAAUGUCCAGGACCAGAAGAUUGCAAACAUGUUUGAGCUGUCCGUGCCGUUCCGCCAGCAGCAUUACUUGGCAGGACUUGUGUUGACUGAACUCGCCGUAAUCUUGGAUCCAGAGGCAGAAGGGUUAUUUGGAUUGCAUAAGAAGGUGAUCAAUAUGGUACACAACCUGCUAUCUACCCACGACUCUGAUCCUCGCUACGCUGAUCCCGAGGUAAAAGCCCGAGUGGCCAUGCUUUACCUUCCCCUGAUCGGCAUCGUCAUGGAGACUGUCCCACAGCUGUACGAUUUUACAGAAUCUCUCAACCAGCGCGGGAGACCCAACUGCGCUAGCGGAGAGGACGAUGGGGAAGGUGGGAACAUGAUCAGUCAGACCGUGGCCAUGGCCAUCGCUGGGACGUCCGUUCCGCAGCUUACCAGACCAAGCAGCUUUUUACUGAACUCACAGCCCUCGCGGCAGCAUUCAACGUUCUCCGCGGAAUCCAGCCGCAGUCUUCUGAUUUCCCUCCUCUGGGUGUUGAAGAACGCGGAUGAGAUUGUGCUGCAGAAAUGGUUCACGGACCUGUCCAUCCUGCAGCUGAACCGUCUGCUUGACCUGCUUUAUCUCUGCGUCUCCUGCUUCGAGUACAAGGGCAAGAAAGCUUUCGAGCGAAUGAACAGCUUGACGUUCAAGAAAUCAAAAGACAUGAGAGCCAAACUGGAGGAAGCCAUCCUGGGCAGCAUCGGUGCCCGACAAGAGAUGGUCAGACGAAGCCGAGGUCAGCUUGAGAGAAGCCCGUCUGGAAGCGCCUUUGGAAGCCAGGAAAACCUACGUUGGAGGAAGGAGAUGACGCACUGGAGGCAAAACACAGAUAAGAUGGACAAAAGCCACAAACCCUGCAGGUCCAGAGCAGAACUGGAACAUGAAGCCCUCAUAGACGGUAACCUGGCCACCGAGGCGAAUCUAAUCAUUCUGGACACUAUGGAGAUCAUCGUCCAGACUGUAUCUUUAACAGAGUCCAAGGAGAGCAUCCUGGGGGGAGUCCUGAAGACUCUCCUGCAUAGUAUGGCCUGUAACCAGAGCGCCCUCUAUCUGCAGCACUGCUUUGCAACACAAAGGGCCUUAGUGUCUAAGUUUCCGGAGCUGCUGUUUGAAGAGGAGACUGAGCAGUGCGCCGACCUGUGCCUCCGGCUGCUCAGACAUUGCAGCAGCAGCAUCGGUACCAUCCGAGCGCACGCCAGCGCUUCGCUCUACCUACUCAUGAGACAGAACUUUGAAAUCGGCAAUAAUUUCGCCCGGGUGAAGAUGCAGGUGACAAUGUCCUUGUCAUCCCUGGUCGGAACAUCUCAGAAUUUCAAUGAGGAGUUUUUGAGGCGCUCGCUGAAGACCAUAUUGACCUAUGCCGAGGAAGAUCUGGAGCUGCGCGAGACCACGUUCCCUGAUCAGGUUCAGGAUCUGGUCUUUAACCUCCAUAUGAUCCUGUCAGACACGGUGAAGAUGAAGGAGCACCAGGAGGACCCGGAGAUGCUGAUUGACCUUAUGUACAGAAUUGCCAAAGGUUACCAGACGUCCCCAGAUCUUCGCUUAACGUGGCUGCAGAACAUGGCGGGCAAACACUCUGAAAGAAGCAACCACGCCGAAUCCGCGCAGUGCCUGGUGCACUCCGCAGCGCUGGUCGCCGAAUAUCUCAGCAUGCUAGAAGACCGCAAGUAUCUACCCGUCGGUUGCGUCACGUUCCAGAAUAUUUCCUCCAACGUCUUGGAAGAGUCUGCGGUGUCGGACGACGUGGUGUCGCCGGACGAAGAGGGAAUCUGCUCGGGGAAAUACUUUACCGAGGCCGGGCUGGUCGGGCUCCUAGAACAGGCGGCGUCCUCGUUCUCCAUGGCCGGAAUGUACGAGGCCGUGAACGACGUCUACAAAGUGCUCAUCCCCAUACACGAGGCCAACCGAGACGCCAAGAAACUGUGUACGAUUCACGGUAAACUGCAGGAAGCGUUCAGCAAGAUCGUCCACCAGAGCACUGGCUGGGAGGUCGGGAAGAGAAUGUUCGGGACCUAUUUCCGUGUCGGUUUUUACGGGACCAGAUUCGGAGACUUGGAUGAACAAGAGUUUGUGUACAAGGAACCGGCAAUAACCAAACUAGCGGAAAUAUCUCACCGACUGGAGGGAUUUUAUGGUGAGCGUUUCGGGGAGGACGCGCUGGAGGUGAUCAAGGAUUCCAAUCCAGUCGACAAAUGUAAAUUAGACGCCAAUAAGGCGUUCAUCCAGAUCACCUACGUGGAGCCGUACUUCGACACCUAUGAGAUGAAGGACAGGAUCACUUACUUCGACAAAAACUACAACCUGCGGCGGUUCAUGUACUGCACACCCUUCACCCUGGACGGGCGCGCGCACGGCGAACUACACGAGCAGUUCAAGAGGAAGACCAUCCUGACCACGUCCCACGCCUUCCCCUACAUCAAAACCCGCAUAAACGUCAUCCACAAGGAGGAGAUUAUUUUGACCCCUAUCGAAGUUGCCAUAGAGGACAUGCAGAAGAAGACUCAGGAGCUGGCCUUCGCCACCCACCAGGAUCCGGCCGACCCGAAAAUGCUGCAGAUGGUCCUACAGGGCUCGGUGGGGACCACAGUGAAUCAGGGUCCACUGGAGGUCGCUCAGGUGUUUUUGUCGGAAAUUCCAAACGAUCCGAAACUAUUUCGCCAUCAUAACAAACUGAGACUCUGUUUUAAAGACUUUACAAAAAGAUGUGAGGACGCUCUAAGGAAGAACAAGAGUCUAAUCGGCCCAGAUCAGAAGGAAUAUCAGCGGGAAUUAGAGCGUAACUACCACCGCCUGAAGGAGGCGCUGCAGCCGCUCAUCAACAGGAAGAUCCCGCAGCUGUACAAGAAUGUGGUUCCCGUCACAUGUCACAGGGAUUCGUUCAGUAGGAUGAGUCUAAGAAAAAUCGACCUGUGAGGAGCAGAACGCGGGAUCCUCAACAAAAUGGAGACGGUGACUAUAGCAGAAAGCAAUGGGACAGAGAACGGAACCCGUCCUGCGCACUGCGGCCUCGUGACCGCCUCACACUGUUACAGGACGCUCCCGUCCGCGUUACUUUGUUUCCCAUCAUUUCAUUUUUUUAUUUCCUGUGGUUCAAGAAUCAAUUUUAUAUCAAGUUUAUAUUAAUUUAUAUUCCACUUUGUCAUUUUAAUAGUUUUUUAAAGGUACUCACCUCCUCUCACUUCAUUCUUACCAAAUAUUGUUUCCUCAUUCCUGUCUGUUUUUAGGUCACAAGCUAAAUGGUAGCCAUAAAGUUAUAAAUCGGUACAAGAAACAUAAAGGGUUACUCCGGAGGGGGGUGAAAAUGUUUUCAAAUCAACUGGUGGCAGAAAGUUAUACAGAUUUGUAAAUUGCUUCUAUUUAAAAAUCGUAAUCCUUCCAGUACUUAUCAGCUGUUGUAUGCUCCACAGGAAGUUGUGUAGUUCUUUCCAGUCUAACCACAGUG